GGAGCGCGGCGAGCGGAGGCGCAUGGCUCCCCCACACGCCUGCGUCGUCUCCGCCGCAACCCCGGAGCAGCACUCGCCUCGGUCCGCCGGGGGGGUUACCGCUCCGCGAUCAAACUUUUCUGUACAUUUCCACGUCACCUGGACGGCCGACAUAAAUUUGGCAUCCUAUGCAAAUAUAUGCUGACGUAAAAGAUCAUGUGGUUUUUGUCGUCGAUCCCCCCUAUGAGCAACGAGGAGGCUUUUUUUUUUCUCCUCUCCUCUCUACUGUUGUCUUUAGGUUAGCUAUGCUACAAUCUUUACUGUACCCAGCGCUAGCUAUAUGCGCUCCGCACCGCACCACUCUGGAUAUCUGGGAAUAAUCAACUUCCAGCCCGUCGCGCCGCGCCGCCACGCACCGCUCACAGACAUCAGAGAAGAAUACCCCAAGUGCUGCUGGUUUGAUCCACUUCCAAUAAGUAGAGGACAGAAGAAGAGAGAGGAAGAGAAGGACGGACUUCGGAGGAGGAGGUGGAAGCUUAAAACGGAGCCCCGCCCACCCGGUGAAGCCCCUCCCCUUAGAGGAAGUGCACUUGAGCCCCGCUGCUGUCUGUGAUGCCCUCCCAUGACGCCCAGGCUGGGAGCUGACACUGCCGGUGAGCGGGAGACGCCACUGCACAGCCGGUCCUGGGCCCGCGCCAUCCGCUGGUUUUCACCCUCGCUCUUGCACACUGGAGACUACUCCUCCCCCCGCAAACCAGUAUCCACAAUCAUCAGCUACAGUCCACCUCAGUAAGGUUAGCUUAAAAAAACAAACCGACACCCUCGUUCACCAGCACGAUCAGCCAAAAUCCGCCGGCUCAUCAACACAAUCAGCAGCACCAGCAAGCUAUUACCACCACCAGCAGCAGCAGCACCAACAGCCAUCAUGUCUAGCCGUAGAAAGUCCUCCACGCCUUGCAUGGUCCGGGUCAUAAGCGACCUGCCCGAGGAGCAAGAAGAUCCAGAAGAUGUGAUGGAUGUGGAAACACUGGCAGCCAACGUCAAGCCAGCGAACAAACAGUCUGAACCACCGGAAAGCAACGGAAAGCAGGAUCCACGGCGGGAGAAUGCAGACAAGGGGGCAUUUCUAAAACCGGUGGAGACACAAAACCUUGAGCCAUUAGUACAAAAGGUGGAGUCCGAUAAAGCAGAUCAAAGUCAGGACGCGGAGAAGGCAGACAUGGGCGGACUGAAAGACAAAGAAGCUGAAUCCGAACAGGUGUCGGAGAAAAAGCAGCCGAGGGGCUACACGUGCAAAUACUGUCCGUUUCAGACGCAGAAUCUGAGCGACUUUAAGGAACACGUGGACUCCAGUCACCCUAACGUCAUUCUGAAUCCACUGUAUCUCUGCGCCGUGUGCAACUUCAACACCAAGAAGUUCGACUCGCUCACAGAGCAUAACGAAAGCCAGCACCCAGGGGAGACGAGCUUCAAGUUCAGAAGGAUACAAAGGAACAAUCAGACUAUCUUAGAGCAGACAAUCGAAGGCAAAGACAAUUCAGCUGAAUGCAAAAUGACAAACGACCAAGGCGAAGGCAACAGCAGCUCUGCGCUGCCACAGUGCGUUUCUGCAGCAGUAAAAACGCCCAGUAACAUGCAAUCACUCUUUGGAGGAGCAGACCUUCAAAGCCAGCUGGAUGGUUUGAUCCAGAAGGAUCAGAUCACAGCAUUGAACAUCAAUGGCACGGUUAUCAUACCUGAACCCACCAUGCUCCAAGGGCUCUCUCAUGUCACCCCAAUGCUUCAGCGCCCACCCAACUUUAACUGUGUACCAAAAAUAGCUGUUCCCUUGAACACCACCAAAUAUAACCCUUCCUUGGACGACAAUUUGACGUUAAUCUCCUCCUUUAACAAGUUCCCUUACCCGACUCACGCCGAGCUGUCAUGGCUCACCGCUGCCUCCAAGCAUCCAGAGGAGCAGAUCAAAGUCUGGUUCACCACCCAGCGGCUGAAGCAAGGCAUCACCUGGUCCCCAGAAGAGGUGGAGGAAGCCAGAAAAAAAAUGUUCAACGGUUCUAUUCCCCCUGCGCAUCACACGUUUACCAGCCCCAUAGCUCAUCCCUCUGCCAAAGCCUCCAAGCAGCCAGUCGUUCACACGACUGUCGAGCACCCAGGUCAGGUGCGGACGACUGUGUCCAGCGAGUUGAGUAUCGUCUCCACCACGAGUUCUCCAGCAGGGGUGACGAUAGGUUCCGGCCACAACCUUAAACGCUCCCUGCCCACGCACCUGGCGUCACCGCUUGGUCCCGAGGCAAAGCGGCCCAUCAUGGCGGUCGCCCCCCAUUCCGGUGACCCCAAAGACAAACUUCUGAUGGCUCCUCCACCACCACCUCCGCCCCAAAAAGACCGCCUACCGAUGGCUCCACCACCGGUUCCUAUGGAAAUGAAGAGACCCGGAGCAGCUCCGCUACUCAACGCCGAAAUGAAGAGGCCAUCUUUCCCUGUGCCUUCAAUGCUGCCACCAUCUUCAUCGUCGUCACUAUUGUCGUCCUCCAAAGGGAAGAUUCUCUCUGCAACUGGAAACUCCAAGACAAAGCCAGUAAUCUCUUUGCCCUCUAUGGUGUUUCCUGAGUCCUUAACAAGGCCGAUGAUAGCUCCUCCGCCUAUCUAUGCCCCACCAUUUAAAAACUCUUUGCUUGUACCCCGUACUACGACCAUUAGCCCCAAAGAAAAGCUCGCUAAUACUCACCCUUUGCCUGAUCUGAACGUCCCAAACUCUCCUCCGCUGAUAAACUCUCACAUAAGGCGGCCGCCCAUCAUCCAGACGGUUCGCAGUCCGGCUAAAGUCCCUUCGCAAAUUCAGGGCUUCCCUCUGGACGGCAAGAAACUAAAGGAGCAUCAGAGUUUGGACGUGAAUGCCGGCUACCCCAGGGGAAAUAAGAUUGUGGGUCCUCUGACGGAGGCCAAUGGGACGUCUCGUAUGGAUGGUAAAUUGUUCCAGGACCAGACGUUCCCUGCUCACAAUAACGGGAUCAUACAUCUGGAUGGCGGCGAUGCGCCAGCGCCCCAGAAACAAGACUUUAAUCAAAAGUCCUCCGUAAUGACUCAGUUCCCUUUGCUGGAGAGGAUGAAAGGAAAAACAGCGAAGCAACUGAAGGUCUUGGAGGAGAAUUUCUUGCGCAACAGCUUCCCCACACACAGCGACGUGGACAAUCUUGUGGCCACAACCCGCCUGUCUCAUCAGGAAAUCGACAGCUGGUUUGUGGAGCGCCGCGCACUACGCGACAACCUGGAGCAAGCCCUCCUGAACUCCAUGGGCACCAAGAAACUGGGUGUCAGCGGUAUCCCUGGUAUGGUGGAGAAACAGCUACAUCAGCAACCGCAUCAAACUAUACAGCUGAACGGGGUCCACAAAGCAAACACUAAUGUGGUCAAUCUUAAAAGCCCUCCGUUACCUUCCCAUGCCCUCUCCAUCCCCAACUUAAAUACCUGCUCAGUGCCUCCAGACGGCCGAUCACUGGCACUCCUCAAGGACGACUUUGCUCAAACACGGUGGCCUUCCCCUGAGGAGUUACACCAGCUGGAGGGUCGGAAAGGACUCGCUCGCUCCGAGCUCGCCCGCUGGUUCACCGACACUCGGCUGCAGAGCAUGGAGCUGACGGAACUCUUUCACAACAACGGACUAAACGGAGGGCAGGGCCAGCCCGUGUGCUCCCCCGAGAGAACCUCAUCCAGCAUCAUCCAGCGAUGUCAGGAAGGAGCCGUCACCAACAACAAGGUGCUGGAGCUGGAGCUGGGCUGGCUGUUGGACCAGCGUUCCAGCAGCCUCACCAGUCAGCAGCACACUGAGCUCCAGGACCAGUUUGCUGGCAGACUGAGGCAGCAGAGUAUGGCCGAAAUGAAGAACGGGGCUCAGAACGGGACCCAGAACGGGACCCAGAACGGGGGAGUCAUGGGAGGAGCGCGGGAGGUGUUCGGGAGCUGGCUGGAGGACGGACCUCUGAGGCGAGGACGGGAGCUGCUCUUGGACAGAGACAGGAAGAUGGCAGAGGAGACAUCUGGCCGUCUUACCGGAUAAAGGCGAGAGAUUUUCCGCCAUCACUGCUGCUGGAAACAUACGCGAGGAACGAAUCUGAAGAAUGGAGAAACAAAAGUUUUUUUUUUUUUUUUUUUUGUUUUUUUUAGUUUGUUUUUUAUUUUCUUUUAAGUGACAGAUAUUGUACUGUAUUAUUAUUUUUUAAAAACCAAUUCUUAUCUCUUGAUUGUCGCAUCCGAGGUCACGCACAACAUCCUCCUCCAUCCCGUUUGAGGUAAUCUCAUCCGCGUGAGUUUAACUGGAGACCGGGCUUCAGAGGCGGCCGGUUCUAUUGGGCCACAUGAGCAAGCAGGCACCCCCGCUGAAAGAUCUGAAGAGCUCAGAUAGAAAUUCAGGGUCACAAUCUGGAAAAGUAAUUGAAAAUUCCCUCCUUUUUUUUUUUUUAUAGAGUUCAUAUUUAUGCUUCCGGCUUUCCCUGCGAUGCUUGUGUUUAACCAAAGUGUUAUAAAAACAAAACAGUAGGCAUUUAGGCUAAUUCGCAUUAAUACGAAUGACAGAGCGAUUUAAAAGUCCUGUAAACAAUCAUAAUUUCCAAUCAGGACACGACACGGUGAGCAGUGUGCAGGAGCUGUUUUGAUUUCGACAUGCGUUUAAAGUUUUCCAUAAAGUCUAACUACGUAUGCCUUUUUUUUUUUAGGUUUACCAAGGGUUUAAACAAUUGCGGUUUCAAAAUUAUUGUUCCUAAUGUUUAAAGUGCUUUUAAGGCUUUGCCAGCAGAAGUGCCUGAAUGAUUUUUUUAUUUUUAUUUUUAUUUUAUUCUUUCCGCCAUUACGUCACACUGCCUGUCAGCUGCCUGAAAGAAAGUUGCUCAUCUGUUUGAGCACGUCUUCUGUCCCCAGAAACCACAAACAGUUUUAAAGCUAACGUAGGUCUUAUAAGCAGGUGACUGCGGGCUGGUUGUUAGAGCAGAUAGAACCGACUAAUUAUUCCGCUGAUAAAAGGUCAUUAAUUCACAGCUUUAGUUUGUAACAAAAUCCAAAAAAGGUACAACAAUCUGUGCAAUAAGCAACUGAAACGGACUGAUGCCUUUAGCAGGUAACUUCAUGGAAAUGUCGAAGUUAAAAUAACAGAAAAAACUUUAUUAACCAUGAUAUUCAAUAAGGUUUUUAUUAUCAGGAGUACGAAAAAUUGUUGCUUUUCCAUUUUAAAAAGCAGCAGUUUGGCCAUGUUAUACAUUUUUCAUUUUUUUUUCUGUAAAUUUCAUGAAUUACAAUUAACACUUGAUAUCUUUACUCACAGAUAUUAUUACGUGAUAAUCUUGGCAUUCCUUUUUACAAGGGGCUCCUACGCAGUUUGGAUAAUUUGCUUUACAGAACAAUGCACUUAAACUGCUAUUUUUUUGUUUCAUGAAAAAAUGUAGUAAAGCUCACAAAAAAA